GUUCCAAAAAAGAAGAAGAAGCGCGACAAGAUGGGAGUGUUUUCGUUUGAGGCGAAAUAAUUUGUAUUACUUUCGCGCUAAAUAGCUAGCCAUUUAUUACUAAAUCUAGUUUAUAACGUGAUCUGAGUAGUUAAAACACAUCCCAAACAAAACGUCAGCACCGCUGAUUCAAUGAAAGUGCACGAAAAAGUCGAAGGAAAAUUUAAGACACUUGCGACAACGACCUCCAAUACAAAUACAAAGUGGGAAAAAUCGAACAGUAUAUGUUCGUGCGUGUGUGUGUGUGUUUUUGUAUAUGCGUGCCCCCAUAGAAAUAAUAAAUUUAAUUUAAAAUCAAAUGCAUGGCACUGCAGUACACCAUUAAUGCUAUACUAGCCACUAAAUAUGAUAUGAUGUUGCUUAUACAUAUGUGUUUAUAUGUACAUAUAGUGUGAAUCGAUAAUGUGCAACAAUGAUGAUGAGCAAUCAACAGCGAUAAGUGCAAAAUUCCAUUAACAAACAACAACAACAGCAACAAAAACAACAACGAGAGAGGUCGUAAUUCGAUCCAUCCACACACAGAACACACACACACACAACAUGGAAGUGGAGGAAACAAGCGACGAUGUCUUCCCGCUGGGAUUUCUGGAAGUCGGCACCUGGAACAACACCCACAAUGUUGCCUUCAAUGACAUGAAUCUGGAUGCGCGAAUGAUAUGGCUACUCUGUUCGCUGCUGACGACCAUCACCUGGGUGACGUACAUCACGUUCUACAACCAUCGUGUGAUCGGGAUGCUCAUAACGAAGAUAGCCAAUCGAUGGUUCAUCAAGGGGGCAUACUUUAAGAUCGGAUCCGUGUCACUGAAUCCGCUGGCGGGGAAGAUAAUGUUCCGGGACUUUGUGUACAUCAGCUACGAUUACACGGUGCGGGCGCAGGAUGGAUACUUUAUAUUCCGCUGGUGGCGCUCCUAUGUGCCCAAGGAUGUGUCCGAGGAUCUCUCGCAUUCCGAUACACGUCUGUCCGUUCAGUUGAAUGGCUACGAACUGCAUAUCUACAAUCGAUCCGAUCUCUACGAUAAGCUGGAGAAGACCUUCGGGCUGGAGCCGUCGCUGCUGAUACCCACGGAUGUGCUGAGCAACGAGGAGCGGAAUAAGCUGAAGGAGCACAACAUGAAUCUGGAGAAUGCCCGUCAGAGUCAGCGGGUGAACAGUGUUAAGAAUUCGGAGGCUAUGCAGGCCACCACGUGGCGGGAUCUCAUACCGGUCAUCAAGAUUGACAUCUGUUCGGGUCGCUUUGUCUUUGGCAAUCGUUUGACGCCCACCACACUGUCCAUAUCCGUGGAGGAGGCCCACUGCACGUACAGCACCAAGCCGGCUGUGUGUCCUCUCGAUCAUUUCAUGCAUUUUGUGAAGGCCAAGGUGGAGAACGCCAAGGUGCUCUUCUGUCCGAGUCCCAAGUACACGGGCCUGAUUGACGAGCCCCCACGGUACAUGGGCGAGGGCUUUGUGGUGAUGAUGUCCAACCAAAUGGAUCUCUAUUUCUAUAUGGAUGAGCCGGGUGUGGUGCCCGAGCAGCCCGUGCAGAUAAUGCUGCCCAAUGGCGAUGUGGUGGAGCCCUCGCCGCCUGUUUGGGGCAUCAAUGCGCACUGCCUCAAGGGCACGGACUUUAGCUACGGCCCAUGGGCCGACCGACAGCGGGAUCAUUUGUACAAGUACUUCUAUCCAUCCGAUUGGAAGGAGGGGGAGAUCACACCCACACCCCAGCCGGGGGAGCUGCGCAGCUAUCAGUCUUUCGAUGUGACGCUGUGUGUCCUGAACGAGGCCACCAUCGACAUACUCUUCUCGAAGGAAAAGGAGACGAAUGCCAUGCACAUCACUGUGGGCCCGGCCUCCUAUGUGGAGGUGACCAUCCCCUGGAUCACGCUGCCCGACGGAUAUACAUCCAAGAUCCAGGGACAGCUCUUCCAUGUGGAGGCCACCACCUCGCUGCAGUAUCGGAGUCUCGCGGAAUUCGAAUCCCUGGAGUACAAGGUGCGCAUCCAUUAUCCAACCAAGUGGAAUGCACCGCAGGACUGGAGCGUAUCGCUGGCCGGGUGCAAGACGAGCGCAUUUAUUGUGUACAAGCACAAGUGCUUCUUCCAGGACCUCAUCGAGGACUGGGCGAACAAGGCGCGGCCGGAUAUCCUCAGCUUUGUGCCGUACACGUGCAAUUUGAAUAUCCGCCUGCACGAGUUCGAGAUCCUGAUGCUGUGCAACGAGUACAACUGGAUCGACUGCAGCAGCGCCAAUCAGGAGAACAAUCAUCUGGCCUUCUGCGGCGAUGUCUUCGAGAUGAGCUUUGCUCUGCCCUUUGACGAUUUCCUGCCCAAGACGGUGACGCUGAAGUUCUGGAUCCACGGCGAGGGCCUCGACCUGAGUCUGUACGUGCCCGAGGUCUCCUCGGUGCGUCCCAUAGUUUUAGCCAUAGACGAGAAUGCAAGACUGUUGACCCGCGAGGGUAAGCUCUGCCGUCGGCCGGAGCUCUACACGAAAAAGUGGCGCAAGAUCUGCCAGCGGUCCGCUGGUUGGAUCGACUGCUGGGCGGUGCCCAUCCUGGCGCUGUCCAUUCAGUAUGUGUAUCAUCCGGUGCCACCGCUGGGACCCGAUCCUCAGGCGGACAUCACCACGCCCGAGAAGGAGGAGAUACUCCUCAGUCCCAUGCGCAUACCCAAGGUGCGAAAGUCCCCAGUCAGCAGCUGGCAGCAGCCCCCGGAGCAGUUUAGCAAAUUCGAUCCGGGCACCCUUCCGGCGGAUCAUGUCACCGUGGAGCUGGAGAUCGGCAGCUCUGUGCUGAUGGCCUACGGCAAUGUGCUGCGCAACUUUAUCAGCCUGAAGGAGAACAUUUUCGGCGAGGAUCAGAGCUUCACGGACAUGGAGCAGUCGAAUGUGAAUCUCAAGGAGCCACCAGCACUCAAUCCCAAGGAUCAGCUGCUGGCCAAAGAGAAGGAGCUGGCCAACAAGUCCAUCUCGGAGGUGCAGGUGCCCGAGGAGAAGCGAAAACCUUUCGAUCCGCGUCUCUAUCGGCCGCUGGAGGUGAUGGUGUCCGUGAUUGUGCACGACAUUCAGGCGCAUGUGAUGAAGAACUGCAACGAGGACGAUCCCCCCUGCCCGGUGGUGCUGAUCGAGCGUUUCGGCUUCGAGAUGAACAAACGCUACCACGAGACGACGCUCCAGGUGCUCGUCAGCCCCUCCUAUCUGCUGGCAUCCGACAGUGUCCAGCGGCCGCAGCGGGAGCAGCACAUCAAUCAGGGACACCUGCUGCUCUCGGCCGUUCAGGUGCGUGGCCAUGCGAUGUUCAGCAACGAGGGAUGCGCCCUGGACGAGGACACGCUGGAAUAUUCGUGGCUGGUCGAAGUGCAACUGGGCAAGCUUACCGGCAAACUAACGCUUCCGCAGCUCGUGAAUGUUGUAACGGGGCUGGAGACGCUCAUUCUGCUCGCCAUCGACCCCGAGAACUGCCUCAAGUCGCCGAAAACGGUGCGGAACUGCCACCACGGAGUGCCGAGCAAUCUGUGUCCCCAAACCAAGGAGGAGAAGAAGUACAAGUGCCCCUCCUCGGAGGACAUCAAGUACAAGAUGACGAGGGUGUCGGUGGAUGCCGUCGAUGUCUAUCUGAUAGAGAGCGGCACGGCACUGCAUGCCUGGAUAUCGCCCAUUCGCCUGGCCAACUGCAAUCUGCACGGCCAGCGGGUAAAGUCGGGUAUCUCUGGUCUGUUGCCCUCCAUUCUGCUGCGUUUGUUCAUGCUGCAUGCUACCACGCCAUCGUACAACACCAACACCACGGGCAGCAAUCGCUCGGGCAAGCUGCGUCGUGCGGACCAGGACUCGCUGAAGUCUCAGGAUCAUGCGCCGCCGCAUGCCAAGGCUGCGGGUAAAAGGAGCUCCAAUUCGUUUUCCCAGUCGCGUCGCGACUCACGAGAUGAGGCCACGCGCAGGCUGCGGGAUAGCUUCUCGGAGCCGCAGGCCAAGCGCACCCCAGAGACGGCAGAUCUGUCCGAGAAUUGGGUGGAAGUGGGCUGCACCUCCCUGGGACCCAUACUGCUGGAGGGAGCAUCGGCACUGCCCAUACCCGAUCAUGAGCUGCAUCUGGUGCAGCACAAUUUCCUGCGCGAACACGAUGCCAAGUUCAAGCGUUUGUGGUUCUUGUGGUCCAACAACGGCAGUGCCUUGUCCUCCAGCACAGAGAUCUCACGCUGUGGCUGCAUCGGAGGCUGUGCUUUCUUUGGCAGCAAUCGGAAUGGUCAGAAGUUCUUUAAGCCCACGGCACAGGAUGUCCAUGACAAUUACAACAUAGCGCGUUACUUCAUCAUCAAUAACAACAAGGACUUUGGCUUCGGCGAGAGUAUACUCCACCAAGGACAACUGGUCUUCCACACGCCCCCCUACAGCCUGCACUGUGUCUCACUCUACGAUGCGGCCGAUUUCAAUGGCAAGGGUCGGCUGUACAGGCCCGCUGGGGGGGAUUUGCGGAAUGGCGGAAGCCUCAAGAAAUCGGAGCACUGCUCAAUGCCAGACGGCACAAAGUUCAAGAUCGGAGGCUGUGCCAGUGCCGCUGUGGAGAAACCAGAGCUGAGCAGCCGCCACAAGUCACGGGAGAGCAUCGGAUCCCCCAACACACUGGAGAGGCGCAGCAAGCGGUAUCCCUGCACGCGCCAGACCUCCGUGGAAGUGCCCUAUGCCCGCCUGCUGGAUAGCCCCUCCAAGAAGCUACAGCUGCAGCAGCAUGAGGCAGCUGCAGGCGAUGCAGGCGUAAACAUCAAGCGACGCGGCUCCGAUUCGAACAGGCUGCGAGUGUCGCCGCCCAAGACUAGCAUCUCGGACUCGCGACUGACGGGCGAGGCGCUGGAUGAUGAGCAUGAGAUGCCCGAUGAGAUGUCGCAUUCGGCACCGCAUUCGCAUCCCCUGGAGUUUGAGAUUGCCGACAUCGCCCUGCAUUGCCAGGCACUGGGCGAGCAGCUGCCGCGAGAGGUGCAGCGCACCAUAUCUUUGACGUCGGAGAAUCCCUCGGAGAUGUUCUUCUCCGCCGAGGAGGACAUAUCGAAUGUGAUGUCGCAGCGUGGAUCCAUGAAGCAGCGAAACAGUGCCAACAGCGGAUCCGUUGUGCUCUCUGGCAGAAAGCGUUUCUCUUCAGAUUUGAGCAUUGGUGCUCAAAACGAGAAUGGCAGCCACACGCUACCCACAUAUCGCAGCGAUCUGGAGAUCCAUGCACCCCCCGAUGGCAAUAAGACACUGCCCAAGCGGCCGCAGAGCACCACAGAACUGGCGGACUCUCGCGGCUCCUCGUCGGGCACUCCAUCGCUGUCGUCCAACUCCUUCAUCUCUGCCAUGUCAUCGCAGGAGGAUGUGGCUCUGGUGAAUCUCCAUCAGCAGGUCAAUCGACCCAUCAUUGACUCGCCGCUGCUGAUGGCCAGCUAUCUGAAUCAUUUGUCGCAGGUCAAGUGCUUCAAUUGGAAUGCCUGCUCCUUUCCGCUCGGCCCGGAUGUCUUCUCCACGCCGCUCUUCAGCGAGAACGAAGAUGGAGGUCUAACCUACAUUGGCAGCAAAAUGUUGCCCCACUUCGAUCUGUACUCGUGCUGGCGUGAGAUCAAGGUGGUGCCACGCUACGAGAAUGCCACGGGAAGCAACAGCUCGGCCACAUUCAUGGGUGGACCCAAGUCCCAUCCCUGGGAUCCCAGUGUUCUGCUGAAGGAAGAGGAGGCGGACAAGACCACAAAUGGCUUUGAUGAUGGCGAGUUUAUGAGUCUGCAGGCGGAAGGAGGCGCAGCCUGUACAUCUGUGGUGGCCAGGCUAAAGGGACAACUAAACAUCUUUCUCACGCCGCUUCUGCUGGAGGGAUUGCAAAGAAUGGUUGAGGCUGCCAUACCCACCAUACAGUCAAUGCACCUGCUCUCAGUCGUUAACUUCAUUCACACGUCGUGCAUUGCCAAGGUGAACAACGACAACAUACUGAAGAGAGACCAGAGCCUGAGCUACUGGUCGCAGGUGCACUCCAACUCGAAGCGAUCCACCACAGAGCGACAUCUGCAGGGACCCGGAGACUCGUUCCUCAGCGAUGUGUACGAGGAGAGCAUUUCGACCAAGACACAGGGGCUGAUUGUGCUGCCAAAAGUCAGCAUUACGAUGCUGCAGUCCUCCAUUGUGGAGGAAGUGAUAUCCGUGGCAGCUCUGGACAAUGUUCAGGAUCUCAGCUGCGUCUCGCUGCUGACCUUCUACAUGGAGGGGAUCUCCACCAAGUUCCAUUUGGGCAAGACGACGCGUGCCUCCAUGCACAACGUGUACAUCCAGCAGACGGUGCAGUCGGGCAACAGCCACAAGAAGGGCGGCAUUAUGAAGGGAACGCGUGCCCUGCUGGCGCACCUUUCCUCACAGACGCGUCCGGACAAUGUCCAGGGGGAGCCCAUUCUCAUAGAGACAUCCGAGAAGCAGCUGGAGGAGCUCGUCAUCACCCUCGACAUUGGACGGGCGCAUGCGCAGCUGCGUCGCCUGAAGACGGAGGGCCAGUCCUGUGCCCAGGACUCACCCAUCAUUGUCACUGCCAUUCCGGAGCACAAGAGCAAGGUGCUCUUCGAGUGCCUGAAGAUGCCCGAGAGCACGGGCAUCGAGAGCAUCGGCUACAUCAUGUUCGAGUGCGGCCUGGAGGGCGUGGGCGUGAAGAUCGUGAAGCGUUCGCACUUUGAAAAGUCCGAGAACAGCAAGGAAGAGCUGGCCGAGAUGGCGGGCGCAGGGGGCGAGGGUGUGUCCGCCAGCGGCGGCUUCAACCUCAACGAUCUUGUGGGUCAGGGUGGGUCAGGCAACGAGGGAGGGGCAGCAGCAGCCUCCUCGGAUGCUGGUGCCACAUCCAAGGCGGAGGCCGCCUGGCGCAUGAUCACCAAAAAGCCACCCACACCAAAGACCCCCAAGGAGAAAUUCCACCACGGCCUGGACAACGUCAUAGCGGGCGAGAGCUCCACCUCUGGGGCUGACCAGCGGAAAUCCACACCCAAACCGCCAGACGAGGAUGUGGAAAAGGGACCCACGACGACAGGCAAUCCGGGUGCUCCCAAGAGCGGGGCAGCCGGUGGCAGCAACUCCAAGGAUGCCUACGACAAGGUGCUCUCGAACGUCAAGGAAACCGACAAGACCUCCUCCUGUGUGAUCGAACUGAAGGCCGUGUGGUUCAACUUUGCGGCACCGCCGUGUGUGCCUAUCACGCGGAAGAUCGAUCUGACGCGUCUCGACUGGAACCUGCUGAGCACUGCCUCGCCCGCCAUCACCGCCUGGAUGAAUCCCAGCAAUCGGCUGGCCAUCAAAGUGGUAGCCGUGCUCAAGGCGCUGCACACGCGACAGACGGCAGUGGCUGCCUGCCUCAUGGCAGAGGCCAUGGACAACGAGAAGAUCCAACGGAAUCCAAAGAUCAAGAAGAGUCGCUAUGCCAACAACUAUACGCUGCUGUCGAAGACGCUGCAAGAGGAUCCCAGCUGCCAGCUGUGCUACAUUAUGCAGAAACUGGUCCUGGACGAGGGCGUGCAGCGCAUUGAGCCGAUCUUCAAGCAGGGAGAUGUGCCGCAUCUGAACACCCUGCGACAGGGCAUCAUUGUGCUGAGUCGCCAGUGGAAGAAUACCCUGUACAAUCCGAUACUCUUUGAGCAUCAGUACAAGAACAAGCUGGCGCGUCCCAUCAAUGUGACAUUCUCGUUUCCGCAGAACGAGGAGGAGGCGGAGAAUGAUGAGUGCGAAGGUGAUGUUGAAAUGGGCGCCUAUGCGGGCGUCGGCGAGAAUCCGGAAGAGAGUGAGAAUGCUUUAUUACUUGGGCAAACACAGCAUCAUCGAACUCACAUUGAAAACAAUCAAUAUGGCGGACUCUCGUAUAGCCAUGAAGCGGGAGGCCACCAUGGAGCUGCCUCCCAGCGUUCGACCUCAACCUCACCGAACAUCCAUAACCCGCGUCGUGGGCUGAACAAAGUGCACAGCAAAGCCUCGAAUUAUUCACACGGCAAUUCAUCUCGUUCCAGCAUACAAAUGUUGCCCAUUAUCUCGGGGCUGGUGGAGAAGCAAGUGCCUGAAUUUGAGUAUGGAGCGCUUCAGGAGGGUUCUCUCAGUUCCACCAAUUCGGUGAACAAAUUCUGGCUGGGUGCCGAGAGUCACAAGGAGGAUCUCUACUUCUGGAUGGCCAAGCAGCAGGACAACAAAAAGAAAGAGCACUUGGCCGAGAAAGAGCACGCUCGUCCCGCGCCACCGAAGAUCCCUGGACAAACCCAUACGCGCAGUGGCAUUAUGCAGGAUUCGAUCAAGCUUUUGGAUGCUCAUUUGAUCUUUGAGCCGCUGCUCACCUGCCUGGGCGUGAUGCCCCAGCAGAUGAUCAACAAGUUCUCGAAUGCAGACAUCUCUUCGCUGGAGAAUUUCGGCACAAAUCUCUCGCUCAUCGGCACUUUCGAUUCCAUUCGCGUGGACAUUGUCGUGAGCGAGGCGGGCGACAAGAAGAAUCCAGCCCAGAAGCCAGCAAAACUGAACAAGAAAUCGAAUGGCAGGGCCUCCAUUAUGAUGGACACACCGCUGUUCCUGUGCGAGCGCGUGGGCGUUGAGCUGGAGGUGCUGAAAAUGUCCGAUGGAGCGGUGGAUCAGGCCCGACAGAAUGUCAUCUACAUGUCGCGGCGACAGCUGAAGAAGCACACGAGUACUGUGAUCAAUUUCAAUCUCAAUGUGAGGUUCAUUUCGCAGCAGGUGAACAUGCCGCUGCUGCGGCUGCUCCAUCAGAUCUGCAACAUGUAUCAGAAUGUGAAGGAUGCCCAGAAUGAGUUCCACGAUCACCCAGAGCUGAGCAAAAAGAGUCAGACCAAGGAUGAAUGUAGUUUGGCUUCGGAGCCCACGGAUAUCCUCGGCUUUAAUUCAGUCUCUGAACGGUUUGGCCAUGGCGAGAGCUAUUCGGAUGAGCGCUACGACAAGUUCAACGAGACGAUGCCCACAAUGCCAGCGGCUCGUACGCGUCCGGGUGGCCUCGCGCCCAUCAUACAGUUAACUCCGUCGCCAAAUGCCAAGAAUCGUCCACAGAGCUUCGCCCAGAAGCUGCGCUCCACGGGCAAGUCGGUGAAGGGCAAGCUGGGCUACACCAAUCUCAAUGAGUCGAGUUCGUCGCCUCUGCGGGACAGUCCCACCAUGUCGCUGCACGAGCAGAACAUCCUCAAGCUGGCCACCGAAUCGAAGGCCUCGCUGAACGGCGGCUGUGCCACCAGCAUGAGCGGCGACUACCAGAACACUCUGACCAAGGGCAUGUCCUCGAUGGCGCCCCUCUUGGAGACGCCCAACUGCUGGAAGACCAUCUACCAUCUGCUGGAGCUGUACGGCACGAUGCCAGAGACCAAGACUGUGGUCCAGAGGAGCUCCCUGAAUGAACACAAGAAGCCGUCGGCGUUUGUCAACGAUGAGGAUGAUUUGACCAGUGCGCCCACUCCAUUGCCGCAGCAUCGCGAGAUGCUGAUCAUCGAUGGGCCGUCCCAGGAGCGAACUCGUCUGAUUGUCUUUGGCGUGGCCAAGAUCCACAAGACCCGACUGCUGGCCACCCUCUCCGGGCUCAAGCUCGAGUCGGAGAUCACCACGCUGAACAGCACGGCCACGUGGCGCAAGAAGGCGCGUCCCGUCAGCCUCGAAUGCUCACUCACGGGACAAGUGGGACGCGCCAUGAUUGUCCUGCUGGAAGGUGUGGCUCCCAGUCAGCAAACGGUGGUGAAGGUAACGGUGGGCAAGAGCCAGACGCUCUACUCGAGCCUCUCCAAGCGUGGCAAGGACAAGAACAGCGGCCUGCUCUCGAUCGGUGCUGUUAACAUAGACAUCCCGCAGCAUCCGGUGGCCCUGCACGGCAUGAUGACGCGCAGUUCCAAGCAGCUGUCGUCCACCAUCCAAGAGCUGCGAGUAAAACGCAAUUCGGGUCGCUCCACACUGCGUUCGUUUACGGCCGAAGAGCCAGAGUCUCCAUUCCAUGCCCGAAACUCGGGUGGCGCCAGCAGUGGCGCGGGUGUGGCCAGCGAAAUGCGCGAACGCACCGUCUCCGGCGGCGGGGGGGCACAGCAGCAGCCGCAGCAGGCGGCACGACGUGCCGCUCACAUGGCCCAAUCGAGGGCGGGUGGAGCGGCGGCACAGCAUCAGAAUGGGCUGCUCCAGCCGCUGGUCAUGCAGUUCAAUAUACUCCUGCAGAGCCUGUCCAUCAAUGCCGCUCUGCUGCCCUCGCUGCAGGCCCAGUAUCGCAUGAAUCAUGUCAGUUCCAUGGGCGUCACGGGCCAGAGGGCGAAAUUUGUCAUCGACUUGCCCACGCAUACGCUGAGCUUCAACACGAAGAUUCAGAACGAAAUGAAUCUGCCAUCGGAGGCCUGCAUUGGGCUGCCGCCCGUCCAUGUGCUGGCCGAGUACAUUCCAGACAAUCGCCAGGAUCAGACGGAGAGCAUCGAGGGUAUUGUGCUGCGGCAGGGUGGCUAUGUGAAUGCCAGUGCGGAGAUUGGCGAGUUCGAGCGCUGCCUGACCACGGAUCUGCUGAACCACUUGGUGUUUGUGCAGAAGGUUUUCAUGCGCGAGAUCAACGAGGUGCUGCAGAAGGUGUACGGCGGGGAGAAGCCCGUGCCGCUGUGGACCGAGGAGAGUGGCGACAGUGCCAGCGUGCAGGAAUCUACGCUCAAGAGGAUUCUCUUCUCCAUCAAUAUAUCGAUGAAGAGGAUUCAGUUGACGGCCACCACGCCCUGCUCGUCGGCAGUGCGCUUCGAGACGGGCACCCUGGAGCUGCAGCUGUCGAAUCGCGUCAAGAAUCUGGGGGACAUGAGCAAUCGGAAGCUGUUCUUCAAGGCGCACAUUGACUUCAAUCUGUCGCUGGGACAGAUCAUCCGCAAUGUGAUCUUUGACGAGGCGGAGCCGGAGUUCCAGCAAUAUGCCUUCUUCCACACGACCAUCGGCCUGCGCAAUGCCUUCCAGGACGAGCUGCUCAACGAGGACAAGGAGCUGAUUCUGCUCACGUUGAAGCGACCCCUGGUCUACAUCCAGCCGAUAGCCGUGGACAAGGCCAUAUUGGUGUGGCUGAACUACAAGAACGCCUACGAGUACUGGGCCGAGAAGCGGGCCAAUCUCUGCUACGAGCACAGCCAGGCGACGGCCCAGCAGCAGCAGCAGGUCUUUGAUCGCGUCGCCUUUGGCCAGAUAGCAGGAUCGAACUUGUCCACGCUGUUCCUGCAGCUAACUGUCGAGGAUAUGGGCAUAUGCUUGCCCCUGAAACAAGUGAAUACUGUGUCCUUUGGCUCCCGUUCGUAUCAGGAUUUCGAUGCCAAGGGAGCCGUUGUCAUCACGCUGGAGAACACCAUCAUUUCGGCGUGCAAUUCGGGCGCACUGGUGUCCAAGGGCAAGUUCCAGGGACUGUGCCUCCGAUUUGCGGAUGAUUUUGAGACCAAUCUGGAUGACUGGAAGCCCACCAGCGGCGAGCCCAUUAUGAACGUGUGCGUGGUGUCCGAGGGCACCUUCGAGGUCUGCUCCCGCACCACCGCCGCCAAGAAGGGGGAGAAUGCCAAGUGGCUGCUGAAUGUCAAGUGGCAGAUGGAGGGCGUGGACAUCCAUCUGGACGUGAACAUUGGCAAGCAGCUGAGUUCGUUGGGGCACACGCUGACAAUGCUGACGGGCUUCGAGGAGGAGGACACGCAGAUGGAGUCGCCGGACAGCGAUGAGGGGGAUCAGAGCUGCCGUGACACGUACGUGAGGCGUCGCGGGGAGUUCGACAACCUGCCCGCGUUCGUAUUUGAUCCCACCAUCGACUCCAAGAAGCGCUCGUUCAUGAUGGAGAAGGAGAUGGCCGAGCAGCUGAAGAUUAUCAAUGAUCUGAGGACGCUGGGCGCAUCCCACAAUACGGUGGCGCAUGAGGAGCGGCGGCUGCAGGAGCUGCAGGCCAUCUGCUACAAGUACUUCCGGCGCGACAUGAUCCAGAAGUGGAAGCGCCCCUCGCUGCGGAGAUCCCUCAAGAACUACAGUCGCUCGCAUUCGUAUAUUGGCGGGGGAGUGGGAAUUCCCGGAGUGGGUGGAGUGCCCCCAACGCUGGACAACGGCAGCCACAGCUAUGCGGGCCGAAGACUGGACACCAUUGCCUCCAACGAUGAGAUCUCCAGCCUGCAGAGCACACCCGCUUCCUGUCACUCGCGCAGCGCUUCCCUCAAGACGGCCGGCGGAGGAGGAGUAGCAGGAGGAAGUAUUGUCAAUGCGCUGGGCAGAGUAACCUUCACAGAGGCCAUGCGCCAGACAUCGCUGCCCAAUGCGGACACGGACACGGAGACGGCGGACAACGAGCUGGAUUGGCGCGGCGACUGCACGCCCAGCGAGAUGGAUGUGGAUGGCAUAUCCGUGGAGAUGCGACGCAAGCACGGACACGGCCAGAAGCAGGCCGAGCCGAACAUUGACUUUGAGCUGGACGUCAAGGUGCUGGUGAACUCUGGCAAGUGUGUGCUGCACACCAAGGACACGGGAGAGGAGCGCCAGGGCCAGGGCUAUGCGGCGGCAGGAGCAGCCGGAGCUGCUGGAGCGGCUGCCUCGAGCGUCAAGUCGCAUAAGCGGGAGCGCAGCAUUGGCAACGACUGGGGCAGUCCGACGCCAUCGCGCAGACAGCGGGACAAGAGCAAGCUGCGCUACAAUGCCAAUGCGCUGCUGGCGGAUCUCACCAUCUUCCACAUACCCGGACUGGACGUGAAGCUGCACUACCAGUCCAAGACCCUGGCGGAGCAGGCGAAUCAUCAGCCGGAUCCAGCGACAGCAGCCACGCCGCACGGACCCCGACGGAUAGGCAGCAAGCGGGCCACGCUCUGCGCCUGGAUGACCCUGCAGAGCAUACCCGAGGAGACAAUCAUCUCGCCGCACAUACUCGAGUUUCUGGAGCAGACACUGGAGCCGAUACCCGCCCGGCAGCCCAGCAGUGUGCCCCAGACGCCCAACCUCAAUGCGGCUGUUAAUCUGGAUAUUCUGCCAGCCAACUAUGUGACAUAUGCCUCCUUCCCAGUGGAUGUCAUCGUCUACUUCCACAUGCAGCCCUCCACCUUCCGCUUUAGCUGCCUGCCUGUGUCCCGCGUGGAGUGCAUGCUGCAGCUGCCCAGUCUGGACAUUGUCUUCAGUUCGAAGCGCAGCAGCGAGGAGGAGAGCUCUGGCACCCACACGCACCCGGAGCCGCUGCCGACGGGCGGCUUGAGUGUCACCGGGUGUCUGGCUGACUUCAAUGUGUUCAUCUUCCAUCCGUACGGCGGCAAGAAGACCUCCAAGGAGACCCAGUUCUCGCCCCUGAGCGACAGCGAGCGCAAGGAUUCGCUCAGCAUCAAUGUGGAGUUUGUCAAGUUCCAUAUCACGCGCUGCCGCAAGGUCUACAUCGAGCCGCUGCCCAGCUCCAAGCGAGGCCUCGACCACUCGCGCGCCGUCAUUCGAUUCUCCACCAUCGUUGACAUUGGCAGUGCCAGCUUCAAGUACGACAUGCGGCGGCUGACGGAGAUCCUGGCCUUCCCCAAGGCAUGGUACAGGCGCCGCAUUGUGCGACGCCUCUUCCUGGGCGAUCUCAGUGUCCACCAGCAGCAGCAGCAGCAACAGCAGCAGCAGCAGGCGAACGGAGGUGGAGCGGAGACACCCACGGGUUGUGCGCCAGCCACGCCCACACCCAGCGAUGAUGCAGGGCGGGCGAAGGAAAAAAUGCGUCUGGACUUUGAUGCCCAGCCGACGCAGCAGCAGCAGCAGCAGUUGGGACACUUUGGAGCUGUGCGCAAGCUAAAGAAUCUGGGGAAAUCUUCCAGUGCCGAGUCCUCGGGCACGCCUCCCUCCGAGAAGAACCAGAUCACGUCCUGGGAGACGCUCGUCCUGUUUGCCGUGAACUUUACGAAGCUGAAUGUCCAGAUGAACAUCGGGAAUGUGUGCGGCAACGUGGUGUGGCUGACAAAGGACUUCCAGUCGGACGGACGCCUGUCCAUCGGCAGCACCGGCUACAAGAACAUGUACGCGGGCAUCUACCUGGGCGGAUCAGCGCUGGAUGCCAAGGGUGGCAUUGUGGGCGGUAGCUUCGAGGUGAACAAGAUCAACAAGCGGUUCCACAUCAAGGAGGAGGCUGGCAUGGAGCCCUACCAUACGCUGGGACUGAGCUUCAUGGCCCUGGAGCUGCGACUCGACUACAUGGGCACCUCGGUGCUGAUGACGCGCAUCAGCAGCUUCUCCGCGGCCAUGAAGGACGAGUGGCGUACCGCCUCCCAGGCAGCGGCAGCACCCGCUCAUGGCAAGGAUCAGCCGCGGGCUCUGAUCUUCAUCCACGGCGAUCUCAGCUGGGAUCAGCUGCAGAUCAUGAUCUCCAAGUCGACGACGGCGGAUAUGCUGAAGAUGUACUUCAAGCUGGAGGAGUUCUUUACGCAGCAGUUCAAGUCCUCCAAGCGGGUCUUCUCCAGCCUCGAGCCGCGGCUCCAGGAUCGCACGGCCAGCAUCAAGCGCCGGCAGCAGCACAAGAAGAAGCCCAACGGGGAGCUGGCAGCACCGCAGGGCGUGCCCACGGGCAUGAUUGGUGAAAACACGGAUGCCCGACACCACCGCCACUGGCAGAAACCCCUGGCCCAGGCUGUGGGUCUGGUGGUGCCCUCCCUGGUCACCCGUCUGCCCCGCCAUGGCAACGUCUUGGGCGGCACAGUGGAGCUGCGCGGGCAGAACAUCUCGCUGGCCUGCUUCCAUGGCAUCAACUUCAAGUCCAAGUCUUGGGCGCUGUUCAGCCUGAGGUCUCCCUCGAUUAACUUUGCCACGGAGGCGCGACAGAUGGAGGAAUCGGGCUCCCAUGAGGUGCUGGUCACACAGACGCUCACCUCCUGCCUGGGCCAGAGCACCGAGGUGCAGCAGCAGCAGAACCACUCGAUGGCCAUCGUCAGUCGCAUCACGCGCAACAUCAUCUUCCCGCCACAGUUCAAGACGCUCAACGAGUGGUUCCACUAUGCGUUUGCCAACAGUGAGAUUGAUGCUGUGGAUCGCUUCCCCAUCAUGGAAUGCGAGCGGGAGAUAGCAUCCAAUUCGAUUGAGCGAACGCGCGCCUCUGGCAGCAACAGCUCCGCCAAGGCACAGGAGCACAAUCACAAUCGGGAGGUUAUCUUCGCUUUGCCCAGCCUGCAGCUGCAUUUCAAGACUGAGCACAAACAGGGACCAACCACACCAGAGCCAAGUGAAACGAAGCCAGAGGUUUUGUGCAGCUUCAUAACCGAAUUCGAUGAUCACAUCUUUGUGACCGUCGAUGCGGAUGCCUUCUUCUUCCUGCACGAUCUCAUCACCUCCUAUGUGACUGAAAAAGAGAAGGUGAUUGGAGCUCAAUCGGCGAGAGCUGCCUCGCCCAAUCUUUCGCAGAAGACCAACCUGAAGCCGUAUCUGACGGACGAGAUACUCAAAGAGAAGAGGAGCUCUUCCAACACGAACCUAACUGCCCAGGGCAGGCAAAUGAGCGCCAGCAAGAGCAGCCUGGAGCCGCUGCAGGGCAGCCACACGAACCUAGCGAACUCAACGACCAAUGUGUCAGCGACAACAAAUACGACGGCGAACACGGCCGCAGCCGCAGCAGCAUCAUCAUCAGCAUCGUCAUCGACGACGACCACAACGACAGCGACGGCACCUACAAACGAUGUCAAAGAUGGAGGCACACAGCCACAGCAGCAGGCAAACGCAGCAGCAGCUGGUGGCUUGGAGGCAUCACCGCCGAGCUUUGAUCUGGAAUCGUUUGUGCGCGACUGGCGGCACUUUGAGUGCCAGACGUGGCAUCUGGAGCCAACAGUUCGGCUGCUCUCUUGGGCGGGCAAGUCCAUCGAGCCCUACGGCGUCGACUACAUACUCAAUAAGCUGGGCUUCAGUCAUGCCCGCACCACCAUACCCAAAUGGCUGCAACGCGGCUUCAUGGACCCCCUGGACAAGGUGCAGGCCCUCAUGAUGCUCCAGUUGCUUUUGAUGGUGCGGGAGAAUAAGGUGGAGAGGGAGAGGGAGCGGGACAAUGGCAGUGGCAGUGGCAGCGCCAACGGCAAGCAACAGCAAAAUCAUCGACCACCAACGAAUUAGCAUCCAUGGCGUCUAUAUAUGACAAGUGACAAUUAUCCAAGUCGUUCGUUCGUUUAAGUUAAGUAGAAAUGUAUAGAUUCUUCACCCAUGUAAAGUUUUACAUAAUUUAUUGUCCCGGCUAUCUCUCGUCCUGGCUUGGUAUGCUUUCUACUCGCGGUAUUAUUUUUAUUUGGCCAAUAAGGCGGCUUCUUCUACUACUACUACCCACAUAUGUAUAUCCUUGUAUUGUAAAUGGUUUGCUCUCGUUUCCCCAUCUCUAUUGUUUAAGCGUAAUAGUAUACUCAUUUUAUAGGUGUGUGUAAAGUCAAGUGCUUUCGUGUAAUUUGCUCAAUUUUUGCGCUUUGUAAUUAUCAUUACAGGUUUUUGUUGUUUUAAGGAUCUACAUACAUAGAUACUCGUACAUACAUACAUAUAUCAGGCAACAAUGAGCAAAGCAAUUGUGUUUAAACUAUAAGUAGCUCUAAUUGAUUAUACAGAAAUAUACAAUGCGAACAGAAAACUGCGAAUA